AUGAGAAUUUUAGUAACAGGAGCUGCUGGUUUUAUUGGAAGCCAUGUUGCACUGGAGUUGCUUGAAGCUGGAUAUGAUGUCAUCUGUAUCGACAAUUUCUCGAAUUCUGUGCAAGAUAAUGAUGGGAAUGCAGUUAGUUUAAAACGUGUGUCACAAAUUAUAAACAAAGUGGUGCCGUUUGUUUUUGCGGACUGUAGUAACGAGAAACAACUCGAGGCCGUUUUUGAAGAAUAUUCGAUAAAUGGUGUGCUUCAUUUAGCUGGUUGGAAAGCAGUUGGUGAAUCAGUAAAAAACCCUCUUGAUUAUUAUAGUAAUAAUCUGGUUGCUACACUAGUCCUACUCAAGCUGUGUGGAAAAUACAAUGUCAAAAGCAUUGUUUUCUCAAGCAGUGCAACUGUUUACGGAGCACCGGAAAGUUUACCGAUUAAAGAAACUGACCCAGUUGGAUGUAGGAUUACUAAUCCUUAUGGUCAUACUAAAUAUAUGAUCGAACGGAUUUUGAUGGAUUUAGCUGACUCUGAUAAAAGCUGGAACAUAAUCAUUCUAAGAUAUUUUAAUCCUGUCGGUGCCCAUCCUAGUGGACUCAUUGGCGAAGACCCAAAAGGAGUUCCAAACAAUUUGAUGCCCUAUAUGAGCCAAGUAGCCAUUGGAAAAUUACCAGUUUUAUAUAUAUUUGGAACCGAUUUUGAUACUGCUGAUGGGACCGGUAUACGGGAUUAUAUCCAUGUUGUGGACUUAGCUCGAGGGCAUGUAGCAGCAUUUGAUCGCCUUAGUAGGCAGCAAAUUUCUGGUUGCGAGGUUUAUAAUCUUGGAACUGGAAAAGGAUAUUCAGUUUUGGAGAUGGUUACCGCUUUUGAAAAAGCUAGUGGACAACAAAUAAAGACAGAAGACAGUCUACCUAGACCAGGUGAUGUGGCUUCCGUUUACUGCGACCCAUUGUUAGCUGCCCAGAAGCUUGGUUGGAAAUGUCAAUAUGGCCUUGAAGAGAUGUGUCUUGAUUUGUGGAAUUGGCAAACAAAGAAUCCAAAUGGUUAUCUACCGCAGUGA